AUGACCUCGUCAAAUGGGAACCACAAACGGGUGCCAUCCCUUGAUCCCUUUUCGCACCCUGAUGUCUACUACGGCGAUGAAGAUUCCCUUGCAAGGAUCAGAGAUCGCAGACGCGCGUUUUCGACGAGCGUGAAGGACUACAACCGUGGAGAUAUCUCUGAGUUACUGGGUACAUUGCCAUCGAGACGAGGUAGUCACGAUGAGUCUUCGGGACAACCUCGCAAGUUCCUCAUCAAUGUGGAUGAGACGCUCGAUGCCCUGCUGAAGCAGGAGGAUACCGAUAAGAACAUGCAGAUCACAAUCGAAGAUCUUGGACCUAAGACACUCUCUGUCGGAACUGCAGGAUCGUCGGGACACAACCGCGUCGACGUACGCGGUACCUACAUGCUUUCCAACCUCCUGCAGGAGCUUACCAUUGCCAAAGACUACGGUCGCAAGCACAUUGUUCUUGAUGAGGAACGUUUGAGCGAGAACCCAGUUGCCCGCCUCUCGCGACUCAUCAAGAACUCCUUCUGGAAGGCACUGACAAGACGUAUCGAUGGGUCCAACAUUGAGGUCGCGGGCAAGGAUCCCAAGGACUGGACUGAUGACCCGCGACCCCGUAUCUAUAUCCCCCCUGGUGCUCCCGAACAAUUCGAAUACUACUCCAAGAUUGCCGCGGAGCAUCCAGAGCUUCGCCUUGAUGUGGUGAUGCUUGAUGCCGACAUUACUUCUGACUAUGUCAUGAAGCUCAAGCAGAAGCCUGGAUUGCUGGCCUUGGCAAUGACCAAGAAGCACAACGACGAAACUGGGGAGGAUGAAUACACUGGUGUCCCAUUCGUGGUUCCGGGAGGUCGUUUCAAUGAGCUCUACGGAUGGGAUAGCUACAUGGAGUCCUUGGGUCUCCUCGUGAGCGAUCGCGUUGAUCUUGCCAAGGGCAUGGUCAUCAACUUCUGCUUUGAAAUAAAGCACUACGGCAAGAUUCUCAACGCGAAUCGCUCCUACUACCUGACCCGCUCGCAGCCUCCAUUCUUGACCGAUAUGGCUCUGCGGGUGUAUGAGCGCAUCAAGAACGAUCCUGAUUCGAGAGAGUUCUUGCGGAACGCCGUUCUUGCCGCUAUCAAGGAAUAUUACAGUGUCUGGGCCGCUGAGCCGCGCCUUGACCCUGUAACUGGUCUCUCGAGAUAUCGCCCCGAGGGCUGGGGUGUACCGCCAGAGACGGAGCCUACUCACUUCAUCCAUUUGCUGAUGCCGUAUGCCGAGAAGCACGGUAUGAGCUUCGAGGACUUUGUUGAGGCGUACAACUCGCGCGCUGUGGUCGAGCCUGAACUCGACGAAUACUUCCUGCAUGAUCGUGCUGUCCGCGAGUCCGGCCACGAUACCAGCUAUCGUCUGGAGCGGGUAUGCGGCAACCUGGCCACCGUUGACCUCAACUCCCUGCUGUACAAAUACGAGGUCGACAUUGCACGCAUCAUCCGUAUUCACUUCAAGGACAAGCUCGAAAUCCCCAUCGAGUUCCGCACGCCCUCCACCAAAGACAUCACGACCGAGUCUUCGUCGACCUGGGAUCGCCGUGCCCGCAAGCGCAAGCAGCGCAUGGAUCAGCUUCUCUGGGACGCCGACAAGGGCAUGUUCUUCGACUACGACACCGUCAAGCAGCAGCGCACCGACUACGAGACUGCAACCACAUUCUGGGCACUGUGGGCUGGAUUGGCCACGCCCGCGCAAGCUGCGACAAUGGUGGCCAAGGCCCUACCUCGGCUUGAAGCUUACGGCGGUCUAGUCUCCGGUACGGAAGAGUCGCGUGGCCCGGUAGGCUUGGAGCGCCCGAACCGGCAGUGGGACUUCCCCUACGGCUGGGCGCCGCAGCAGAUGCUCGCGUGGACGGGUUUCCUACGAUACGGUUACCAGGAGGAAGCAGAGCGGUUGGCGUACAAGUGGUUGUACAUGAUCACCAAGGCCUUUGUCGACUUCAAUGGUGUAGUUGUUGAGAAAUAUGAUGUGACCCGCCCGAUUGACCCGCACCGGGUCGAUGCCGAGUACGGCAAUCAGGGAACCGAUUUCAAGGGGGCGCCACGUGAAGGGUUCGGCUGGGUUAAUGCCAGCUAUGUGUAUGGCCUUGAGAUUCUCAAUGCGCAUAUGAGGCGCUCGUUGGGUGCUAUCACCCCGUACGAGACGUACAAGAAGGCUGUUGAUGCAUCGGAUGCAUUUUAA